CGAGUCUAGCCCAACUUUUUCGGCGACGUGAAGCUUCCUGCCUUCUUCCUGUAUACUCGCCUGAUGAAUACUCAUGGAGAAAUACAGUGCUUUCCGUGAUCGCGGCUCGGGCAUCGCGCCCUUCUUCCCUAUCCCCACGCAGCCCGCGGGAUAUGCCCUUCCCUUCCACGUCUUCAUCUUUGUCGUGCGCAUCUUCUUCCUGAUCCCUCUGGCUCUCGCCUACUUCUUGCUCGUCUCAUGGCUUCCAAUCGGCUCCCUCGGCAAGAAGGCUAUACUCUGGUGUAUGCUUGGCGUUCCUGGCAUCUGGUGGAUUGAUCUCGGUGUUGAUGGUGUGAAGAAAGGUUCUCUCGGCCAGAACCAGCACAAGCUCCCUCAGCCUGGAUCCGUCAUUGCCUCUUCUUAUACAUCGCCAAUUGAUGCUCUCUACCUGGCUGCCAUCUUCGACCCUGUCUUCACUCGCUCCUUCCCUGGCGAGCGCAAAGUUCAACGUAUUAGUCUCCUCCAGGCCAUGUUCCAGGCUUUCGCCCCACCUGUUCUCUCUCCCACCAAAGACGCCAAGCUGGUGACUCUAUCAGAUCUCUUGCGCGAGAAGCCCGACCGUUGCAUCGCCGUCUUCCCUGAAUGCACUGCCACCAACGGACGCGGUAUCCUUCCCUUCUGUCCCAGUCUGCUUACUGUCCCCGCCAAGACCAAGAUCUUCCCUGUCAGUCUGCGCUACACUCCUGCCGAUGUCACCACACCUGUGCCUGGCUCUUACUUCUCCUUCCUCUGGAACCUGUGCUCCAAGCCUACUCACUGUAUACGCGUCCGCAUCGCAGAGGCUACUUACAACGAGCCUCCUGCCCCCGAACCUCCACGCAAGAACUCGUUCCAGACUAACCUUCUCGACGACUUACAUCCUCGCAUCACUCCGAGCGGAGGUAUGAGCGAUCCCGAGAAGGAGUCGUUGGACAAGAUCGCCGAAUCUCUCGCCCGUCUUGGACGUGUCAAGCGUCUAGGCCUUGGUCCUGCCGAUAAGAUCGCUUUCAUCAAGGUCUGGAGCAAGAGAAGAUGAUCAUCAUCAGAUAGAGAGCAGGCAUGACUUUGAUCAAGCAGGGUUUUAGCGGGUGUUGUAAACCUUCUUACGACUGUAUAGCACAAGUCUCAUUUCUGCAUAUUGCAGUUUUGAUUGACCGAAUAAUAGAAACUUCAGAAUAAAUCACCAUCUAUCCAAUCUACACGUGC